GGGUCACUUCGGCAGCUUCACGUCAGGAGGAGCGACGUCCUGCUGGUUUCACGUCAAAUGGACGUUUUAGUUUUCACAACAUAGGAAGAAGCUCGGAGGGACUGAGCAUCGUCCUGUGGUCUUCAUGGAUCCAGAGUUCGAGACCCACUGCUCCGAGCUGGUGGCCCGAGAGAGGAGCGGACAUACGGCUGUGGUGGAGGACAACCUGCUGUAUGUGUGGGGGGGCUACGUGUCAAUUGCUGAGGAUGAAGUUUUCCUACCCAGCGAUGAAAUCUGGGAGUAUGACUUACAACAAGGUGUCUGGCGAGUGUUUCAUAUGACAGGUGACGUGCCUCCCUCCAUGUCUGGGAGUUGCGGCUGCUCCCUGAACGGACACAUGUACAUAUUUGGAGGGUGUGAUGACAACAGACAGACCAAUGAGCUCUACUGUGUCAACCUGACGGACGGUGAAUACAGGUGGAAGAAGACCGUACACGAGACAGGCUCUGCUCCGUCCCCUCGAGACAAAUUGUCCUGCUGGGUUUAUGAAGGACGGUUAAUCUACUUUGGAGGAUAUGGUCACAAACUCCUGAGUGAUGUCGACAGCAGGAACAGAAGCUUCAUUGUAGAUGAAGCAGCAUGGGUGGAGGAUGUUUUCUGGGGAUGGAACAAUGAGGUUCAUAUAUUUGACCCCAGGCAAGCCAGCUGGAGUGAACCACAAACCCAUGGCCGUGCUCCCGCCCCCAGGGCUGCCCACGCCUGCGCCACCGCUGGUCACAGAGGAUACGUGUGUGGAGGCAGAGUCAUGGAAACCAGAACAACUGACAUUCACUGUCUGGACUUUGAAUCAUGGACCUGGUCAGAAAUAAAUCCGAUGUCCGCGGCUCCGGUGGGCAGAUCGUGGCAUACACUCACAGCAGUAUCAGACAGCACCUUGUUCCUGUUCGGAGGUCUCAGCUCAGACUGCAAACCAAUGAGUGACGGGUGGCUGCUUGAUGUUGAAACAAAAACAUGGAGAGAAGUGGAACAUCCCUAUAAGGAUAAGCCAAGGUUGUGGCACACAGCGUGUCCAGGGAAAGACUCUGACGUCAUUGUGUUUGGUGGAAGUUGUGACUACAUCCUCCUUGUUGACACUGGUCACUGCAAUGAUGCACUCGUUUUCCAGAUGCAGCCGUAUCCUCUAUUCAGGAUUUGUGAAGACUUCAUUGCAAAGAACGUGAAGGACCAUGAAAUGCUCAGAAACCAGUUUCCGCUCCUGCCUCCUAAACUCCUCGCAGCAGUGAAGAGGAGGAUGUUGUUCUACAGACCUUCAAAGAAGCAAAAACGUACCUAAGUGAACAACUUGUACCUAAAUGCCAACAACAAUGCAAUAUCAAUGCAAUUUUUAUGUAUGUAUGGUUCUCCCUUCAGUGAGAAUAUCUAUCUCACACUGCGGGGCAGUAUUUUAAAAUAUUUUAUGGUGUUAAUAUAUUUUAUGGUGUUCAUGUGAUGACUGUAUGAUCAAAUAACACAGUGGAAA